GGCUACUAGUCUCGCUGUGAUGCUGCCUUUAUACUAUCUGUGUUGCUAUGACCACUUGCCUCUCUCAGGACUAAAUCUGAGGAUGUCAGCAGGGAAACAGAGGAGAACGAUGUCAGAUGUUCAAUGUGGAUGCUGACCCAAAUAAGUGUUCUCCAUGCAUCUACAGUAUAACCAUAAUGCAGUGUCCACAAGAUAUCUAUCACGACUACCAGGCUAAGCUGCUUAAGAGAGGACCUUCAGAGAACUGUACAACAAAUCCCCCUCCCCUUGGUCCCCCACACUCCCUGGAGGAUAACCUGUUCCUCUCCCCUGCUCUACCUGUGUCCCACCCUUAAUCCUCCCUUAGACUUAGAGGUAUAGAUACACGAUGGCGGUCUUGAGAUUGAGGUUCACCAAGACCAAGAGAGACAAGCUGGCUCAGGUGCUGUGGAUUCUGAACUGGAUCUCAGUGGUGACAGGGGUCAUCCUGUUCAGCCUGGGGCUCUUCCUCAAGGUGGAGAUCAACAAGCGAGGAGAGCUGAUGGCUGAGAGGGACAUCCAGUACGUGCCCAACAUGCUAAUCGCUGUGGGCAUCAUCGCCUGUGCCAUAAACUUCCUGGGUGGGAAGAUCUGCUACGACUGCGUAGACACCACCAAGUUCUUGCGCUGGAAGCUGAUCAUGCUGCCCUACAUAAUUUGUACCUUCUUCUUCACCUUCUGUGUGUUGGUGGGGGCUCUGAUGUGUUACAGCAUGCAUGGGGAGCUAGAGGAGUCUCUGAACCUGGGGCUGGCAGAGGCCAUCAGGUUCUACAAGGACACAGACACACCAGGACGAUGCUUCCUGAAGCGAACUGUGGACAUGCUGCAUAUAGAGUUCCAGUGCUGUGGGAACAAUGGCUAUAAAGAUUGGUUUCAAAUCCAGUGGAUCAGCAACCGUUACCUGGAUAUGUCCAAAAAAGAGGUGGCGGACCGAUUAAGAAGUAACGUGGAGGGGAAGUACCUGAUAGACGGAGUGCCCUUCAGCUGCUGCAACAUCAACUCCCCUCGGCCCUGCAUCCAGCAGCAGAUCACCAACAAUUCCGCUCACUUCAACUAUGAGCACCAGACGGAAGAGCUGAACCUGUGGAUGAAAGGGUGUCGCCAGGCGCUGCUGGAGUACUACACCCACAUCAUGCAGUCCAUUGGCCUCACAGUCCUCAUCACCUGGCUGUUUGAGCUGUCGGUGUUGACAGGGGUUCGUUACCUCCAGACCUCCCUGGAAAAUGUGCUGAGACAAGGCGACCUCGACUCUGAGUCUGAUGGCUGGCUGCUGGAAAACAGCUUUAUGGAAACUGCCCGCACCAACCUGAACAUCAUCAAGAGCCUUGGCAAGAGCAACCAGAUAGACACAGCCAACAAUGGAGAUCCCAACAUUAACGUUCCCUCCACCUCUAAAGCACACUAUGGGCCGGACAAUGUGCCACCAAAUGAAAUACCUGAAGCCAGUUGACCUUUCUCAGGCCUCAGUGAACAGCAUCCCUGAAGGCCUAAGUAAGGGCCUUUUCCUCGUUACUUAAAAAGAGUUGUUACGUUACAUUUAUUGGUUGUUAUCCAUAUAAGUCAAGAAUUAGAACUAAGAAAUACCUAUACAGAAGUGUUUGUGUAUGGAAACUAAAAUAUAUUGUGGGAAAUAUCACCCAAUAAUAUAUAAUACAUUUCCUAGUAUGGCAGUAGCUCUUUUCCAAAAUGCAGAUAAUGCCUUGUUGACUUUUUACAAUUAUUAAUGAUUUAUUAUUAUAUUACAUAUUUUUUGUACAUCUGUCUUCUGUUUUCUGAUAUGUUAUUGCCUGUGUAUCGUGAUUUUGCAACGUGUACAAAACGUCGUACAGCCGUCAGUUGCAACACUGGAAUCAAAAUGAACAUGAAAUAUAUAAUUGUUUGAUGAAGACAAUUAGUGAUUAGUGAUGUGGGUCGUUGAAGUUGAAGCCCACAUUUUUUGUCUGAUUUUGCUUCAAAGUAUGAUAGAAAAUGCAGUCAACAUUUUUUUUGAAAUUACUAUAGCAAGAAUGUAAGAGAUAUAUAAAUUAAAUUCCACAAAUGUAAGCACAGGGUGCUUUGACUUGAAAUCUACAUUAGUUCUGGUUGAUAAAAUCAAUAGUAACAUUUUUGGAUCCUUGCUGUGCAUUUUACCGGACUUUAGCAAACAAAGUUGUACCAAUGUAAUAGAGUACACAUCACAUCAUCCAUUUUUAACGGUUAAGCCAUCACUGCAAUGACUCUUAUGUGCCUCAGCAAUGCCACCAUAGUCUUAUGAAAGAUUGUCAUUUUCACUGGGAUGAGCAACCAAAAGCUUGACAAACACGUUCUGAGCUGGUGAUGGUCGGAUUUUGUUGUUUGUGAUUGUUUUAUAAGGGAUCCAAACCAGUACACUGCAAACUAGACUUCCAUGUCUUACUUUGUUUUAAUGAUUAAGCCUUUGACAUAUUGGCAGGACAUUGUCUGUUGGUCAAGGAAAGUCUGAUUUUGUGCCUGUUUCAGGAAUUAUAGAGUACAUGGCAGGUGAGAAGGAAAAUUACAGCUUAAACAUUGGGGGAAAUAAAAAUAAAUAAAUAAAAA